AUUCCCGUCCCGGAGCUCCCGGUCCCGGCCCGGUCUCAGCCCGGCACCGCCAUGCGCAAGUUCUUCCAGGAGAUCAAGGCCGACCUGAAGUUCAAGACGGCGGGGCCCGGGCAGAAGCUCUCGGAACCGUCCCGGGCCCCCAAGGAGAAGCCGAAAGCCGAGGUGGCCCCGAAGCCCCGACAGGCCCCGACGGAUGAGGCGCAGAGAGCGGCGGCCGCGGCGCUGGCCCGGCUGGAGCUGAAGCCCAAGGGAAAAGCUCCGUCCUCGCAGGAGGCCAUCAAGAACCAGGUGAGGAAAGAGUUGAUGGCUGAGGCAGCUGCCAGCGAGAAGGGGCUCUCCAUGGAGGAAAAGGAGCAGGAGGAGGAAGGGGCAGCUGCUCCCUCCGUCUCAGGGGUUUAUUUCAUCUGCCCCUUGACCGGUGCCAUUGUGAGGAAAGACCAGAAGGAAAAGCAGCUCCGAGAAGCCAUCCAAGCAUAUUUCUCUGUGGACCCAGUGGCUGCUUCCAUCAUGGAGAUCCACACCUUCAACAAGGACCGGGAGAAGGUCCGGGUGUGUGUGGAGACCAUGGCCAAGUACCUGGAUAACAUCUAUCUCCAUCCAGAGGAGGAGAAAUAUCAGAAAAUCAAACUGCAGAACAAGGUGUUUCAGGAAAGGAUAAGCUGCUUGGAAGGGACACACAGAUUUUUCCAGGCUGUCGGGUUUGAGACAAAAACACUUCCUGUUCAAGGACAAGAGACCACGGAGGAGUUCUACGUGCUGAAGGAGGAGAUGCUGAGCAGGCUGGAAGAGCUGAAGGACUGCAAGGAGCAGCUGCUGAGCUCGGAGCCCGUGCGGGCGCAGCUGCACCGGCAGCUGACGCUGUUCCGGCCGUCGCCCGCGGCCGCGCGCUUCGAGCUGCCCCACGACUUCUUCAACCUCACUGCAGAGGAGCUCCGGAGGGAGCAGCGACUCCGGACAGAGGCGGUGGAGAAGGCGUCGAUGCUGAGGACCAGAGCCAUGCGUGAGAAGGAGGAGCAGAGGGAGAUGAGGAAAUACAACUACACCCUGCUCCGGGUGCGCUUCCCCGAUGGAUACAUCCUCCAAGGGACUUUUUAUGCCCGGGAAUCAGUAUCUGUGCUCUACAACUUUGUGAGAGAAGCACUCAGAGAUGACUGGCUGCCCUUUGAGCUCCUGGGACCUGGAGGUCUCAAACUGACUGAUGAGAACUUGGCCUUCAAUGAAUGUGGGUUGGUGAGUGAAGAAAAUGAUUGUUGGUACCUUCCAGAGCAUCUUGAGACUGUCAGAGUCUUCUGCUGCUCAGAGCUGGGGGAGAAAUUUGUGUCCUUUCAGAGCCCCAAGUUGUGUUCUGAGCCCUCGUUUUUACAAACAAAGCAGAAACUGCUUGGGGGCUGCAAGGUGUGAAGGGAAGUGCAGGGUCUUCCCUCCUGGAGCAGAGAGCGAGGGCUGGGAAGGAGGGAAGGCAGCAAUGGUGAGGGAGGUGUGAACAGAAAGCCCAGAGUAGCAUCCCCUAAAAGGAGCUGCUUGUACAAUCCAGCCUUGUCCUUUUGAGCUCUGUGGAUGCACACAGGGUGUCCUAAACUCAAGGGGAACAGAGCAGCUCUGGCUGCCCCAGCCCUGGGACUGCCCAAGGCCAGCAUGCAAUAACCUGGGACAGUGGGAAGCGUCCCUGCCCCGGGCAGGGGUGGGACCGGAUGGGCUUUAGGAUUCCUGGCAUGCCACCCCCGUGCCUGGCUGUGGUCAGUAA